ACAUGAUGGUCAAAACAACUGCUUUACCGAAGACCAGAGGGCGAUAAAGUAGUUGGCGGUGUGACAUGUACGUAAACUAACCUGUGUGAGGCUUAAAAGUUGUGUAUACGCGCGCUGUCGGCUGUUUAGCUAUGGUGUUGCUGUAAGGUGUGCUGUACUCUCUUCAGAGAAAAAAAAAACUGUUCGCAUGACGCUGGACUACAUAAAUAGCCUAUCUGAGGGACAGGUGGUACAGGUGAGGAACGGGAGCACCAUGGCAGUGUGGAUCCAGGCCCAACAGCUGCAGGGUGAGGCGCUGCAUCAGAUGCAGGCACUGUAUGGACAGCACUUCCCCAUUGAAGUGCGACAUUACCUGGCCCAGUGGAUUGAGAGCCAGCUCUGGGACUCAGUGGAGUUGGACAACCCAGCAGAGGAGGCCAAAGCCAAGCGUCUGCUGGACAACCUGGUGUCUGAGCUGCAGAGGAAAUCUCAGCUUCAGUGUGGAGAAGAUGGCUUUCUGCUCAAGAUCAAGCUGGGUCACUAUGCCACCCAGCUCAAGAGCACUUACGACCGCUGUCCUUUGGAGCUAGUGCGCUGCAUUAAACAUAUCUUGCACUCAGAACAGAGGCUGGUUCAAGAAGCUACAAAUGCCAGCAGUGGGAGUGAGGGUAAAGCCAUGGACAGUCUCUCACAGCGCCACCAGCAGAUUAACCAGGCCUUUGAGGAGCUCCGCUUAGCCACACAGGAGACUGAGAAUGAACUGAGAAAGCUGCAGCACAGCCAGGAGUACUUCAUCAUCCAGUACCAGGAGAACCUGCGCAUCCAGGCCCAGCUGAGCAGCCUGUCUUCACUUCCUCCAGCUGAGCGCACUCAGCGGGAGACCACCCUACAGAGCAAGAGGACCACUGUGGAGGCCUGGCUCACCAGAGAGGCCAGCACACUACAGAAACACAGGCUUGACCUGUCAGAACAGCACCAGAAGACCCUGGGUCUGUUGAGAAAGCAGCAAACUCUGAUCCUGGAUGAGGAACUUAUCCAGUGGAAGAGGAGGCAGCAGCUGGCUGGCAAUGGAGGUCCCCAUGAGGGGGGGCUUGAUGUCCUCCAGUCCUGGUGUGAGAAGCUGGCCGAUCUGAUCUGGCAGAAUAGACAACAGAUCCGGCGCUGUGAACAUCUAACUCAGCAGCUACCACUGCCAGGCCCAAUGGAAGAGCUGCUGAGCAAACUCAACAGUGACAUCACCGAUGUCGUUUCUGCCCUGGUUACCAGCACCUUCAUCAUUGAAAAGCAGCCUCCCCAGGUUUUAAAGACCCAGACCAAGUUUGCAGCCACAGUGCGCCUUCUAGUGGGCGGAAAACUCAACGUCCACAUGAACCCACCACAAGUCAAGGCUGUCAUUGUUAGUGAGCAGCAGGCCAAGGCUCUGCUGAAGAAUGAGAGCACACAUAGUGAAAGCAGUGGAGAAAUCUUAAACAACAACUGUGUGAUGGAGUAUCAUCAGGCCACCAGCACUCUCACUGCACACUUCAGAAACAUGUCACUGAAGCGGAUCAAGCGUUCCGACCGUCGAGGUGCAGAGUCAGUGACUGAGGAGAAGUUUACAGUUCUGUUUGAAUCACAGUUCAGUGUCGGGGGCAACGAACUGGUCUUCCAUGUCAAAACCUUAUCGCUGCCUGUGGUAGUGAUCGUCCAUGGCAGUCAGGACAACAACGCCACAGCAACAGUCCUGUGGGACAAUGCCUUUGCUGAGCCAGGCAGGGUGCCAUUCAUUGUGCCAGACAAGGUGCUGUGGCCCCAGCUGUGUGAGGCCCUCGAUAUGAAGUACAAGGCAGAGAUGCACAGUGGGCGUGGCCUCUCAGAUGAUAACCUGGUCUUUCUGGCACAGAAGGCUUUUACAAGCAGCAGCAACAACCCUGACGAUUACCGUAACAUGACCAUAUCCUGGGCCCAGUUCAAUCGAGAGAGCUUACCUGGACGCAACUUCACCUUCUGGCAGUGGUUUGAUGGAGUUGUGGAGCUCAUGAAGAAACAUCUGAAGCCCCACUGGAAUGAUGGGGCCAUUUUGGGCUUUGUAAAUAAGCAGCAGGCACAGGACAUGCUACUCUCCAAACCCAACGGCACCUUCCUGCUGCGAUUCAGUGACUCUGAGAUUGGAGGCAUAACCAUCGCCUGGGUGGCUGACAAUCCAAACAAACCAGGUGAGAGGUUGGUCUGGAAUCUGUUGCCUUAUACAACCAAAGACUUUUCCAUUCGCUCCCUGGCUGAUCGCAUCAGCGACUUGAGCCACCUUCUGUUUCUCUACCCUGACCGACCUAAGGAUGAGGUCUUCGCCAAGUACUACACCCCUCCUCUCUCAAAAGCAGUGGAUGGAUAUGUAAAACCACAGAUAAAACAAGUUGUGCCAGAAUUUACCACCCCAAACCCUGAACCCAGUGGAGCUCCAACAUUCAUGGACCAGACAACGUCUCCCUCCGUGAGCCAUCCCAACAACUUUGGUGUUUACCCUUCUAUGAAUGACACCAUGUUGGAUGCAGAUGGAGAGUUUGACCUGGAGGACACAAUGGACGUGGCCCGUCAUGUGGAGGAGCUGCUCCGCAGGCCCAUGGCCAACCAGUGGAGCAGCCAGCAGUCCUGAACCUAUAACCUGAACCUGCUGCACACCUUCAGGUUUUUUUAGCCUUAUCCAACACCUGCACUUCUCUCUGGACUGCAACUAGGUCAAGAUGCUUCUUGUCUUUAUCAGUGAUUCUGGCAGAUCCACUUCAGAAUUCACUAUUCAUCUUCAGUUUUAGCUGCCCAUUGGAGUUGUGGAAGAGAGCAGGUCAGGUAAUGAGUAGCUGUCUACUUGCCUAAGUACCUCUGUAGAGAAAGGAACCUGCCAUCAGGAAUCAGUGUUACUGGCCUAUGACACAGGCUGGUGUGAAUGUCCUCUCCCACUUAUAAUAGUUUCUCAGGGCUGUCACAUGGAGCUGGUUUGGGUCAAUAAGAUUUUUAUACAAAACUCAGAUGUAGUUUUUAUGUAUGCUUUGCAUUCCUAUGUGCCUCAUGAGCUUUUAGCUGGCACCAGGAAACUUUGCAUAACAAUUCACAGUAGAUAGACUAGCUUCUGGUAAAAUUAGUUUUAAAGGUAUUCCUUUCCAACUACAUAGUUAACAUUGGGUAAUCUGAAGGAAGGUUGACAGAUUGAACCUCUUCUCUCUUACAGAGGAUAUUUGUCAAUUUUUAGUGUAUCAAGAAAAUCCAGAACAUUUUUUAUUAAACAAUUCUUAAAGUGAGUUUAUGUAACUUUUGCUGAACUUCAGCUACUGUAAACACCAACAGUAUUUACAGGAUGAUGGCAAAUUAAAUUUUACUUUUUCCCUUGAGUCACUUAUUUUAAAGAUGUUCACAUUAGGCAGGACAAGGAACGUAUAUCUCAGAUAGGUACAUCAGAGCUAUUCAUGCACUAGUAGCUUUGAUGUGGUUUAACUUUUAAGACCUUUGUGAACCUGUGCUGUUGGAAACAAGUGGUUUCUUAAACCCCGCUACAGUGUCCUCAGAUGCUGCAGUUUGAACUUCAUUUGUGUUUUAGUCCAAACCCAGCUGCUGUGUGUCCUGUGGAAAGCAGCUAAUCAGCACUAGAGUUGAGUGAACCUGAGGUUUUACACAGAUUUGGUGCACAUCUGGUUUAAAUGAGGCUCAACUUAAAUGAUAUACACUUUUACUAAAAGCAUGAUGUGAUAUGUAAUGGGUUAGUAAAACCCACUGUAAACCUUGGCUAAACUAGUCAGAUGAGACGGCAACAGUCUGAUUGUGUUUAUCUUGAGUUUUACAGUUUUUUGCAACAUGCUAAAACAGUUUAAUUGUAGCACAAGUCAUAAAGUCAACAAACAGAUUCUGUAAUGCCAAGUGCACCACAAUAUUUAUGCUUCCUGUGAAGUACUGGUAACCCUGAAACAAGUAAGACUACCAGCAAAAGCCCUGAUGAUUCUGAAACAGUCAAGAGUGAGUUUAUUUCUUAUGAAUUCAUCUUUUUGUAAGAGGUUCCUUAGUCUGGCUUUAAGUACUGAAAAUGAGCUUUUGAAUCUGUAACCACUAUCAUUUUUAUAUCAUUUUCUUUAUAGCUUCUAUUACAGCAAUUCUCUGAUGUUCUUGUACUACACUGCUCUGCAGCAAAAUGUUGAAGAGCUUGUAGGUGUUCUACUGCAGUCUCUUGAAGUGUAACUCCUAGCUUAAUUCAAACAUUUAGAUAAGUCUUGUCAGAUUGAGUUUCGAAUACUAAUGUUGGUGAAGUAUUAGAGAUGCACCAAUUGAUCGGUGGAAAUCAGAGAUGGCCGUUUUGCAGUGUGAUAGGUCUUCACCGGUGACUGGCCAAUCACUUUUGAGGUUUCAGAUUCUGUGGCGAUCAGAUUUAGAGGCAUGACAGUCCACAUCACGCACACAGCGGCACAGACCAAAUUGUAGCAUGUGCAGUGUGUAGCAAGCAUCUCAUGUGCACCUUGAGUGAGACUCUCACUAGUGUCUGUGCCGGACACUUCUUCACUCACACAUUGGAAGCGCUUGACAUUCAAACAAUAUACAGAGGAGCUACAGAAACACCUUGGAGAAGGGAAAACUACAUCCAAAUCUACUAGUACACAAAGAAGGAGUUACUGGCUACACAUGAAAUGCAUGUAUAUGUACAGUUUAUCCAAGCUGUGGUAAAACAGUAAAUACAAACUACACACACUCAGUAGGACUGAUGUAACAGACAUGCUUCUGUUUCCAUUAUCUGUUACACCUGUUUAUAUUUGGAAAAGUACAAAUAUUGCACUUCAUUUUAAUUGUCUAAAAAGGUGAGAA